CACUGAUGAGACUUUUCAGACUUCGUCCCUCGGCCCUGCCAUGCUCACUGCGCGGCUCCUGAGCGGCAAGCUGGUGGCGCAGGUCGCCUGCGCUCCCGCGGCCGAAGGACCCCUGCGGGCGCUGCGCUCGGAGGUGGCCCGCUGUCUGAGGGUGCCACGCUACAAAGUGAGGCUUUGUGCCUCUGGUGAUGACACCCCCUUGACCAAUGAACUCUGGAAACAGCAGGGCAGCCCUGAGGAGCUCACUGCCAUUUGCGUGGACUUCGAGGAAUUGUUGGACUUGUACGCCGCAGAGCUUUUGGAGGCGGUCGCUGCAGGGGAGCUGGAGGAAGCGGAGGAUCUGCUGGGCCGUGGGCAGCAGCCAGAUGUGGUGGACCCCACGGCUGGCUCUGCCCUGUGCAUCGCGGCGCGCGACGGGCAGGAGGAGAUUCUGGAGAUGCUCCUUGAAGCCCAGGCCGAUGUGAACGGAGUCCAGGACUUUCUCCAUCGCAUGGUCCGUCCGCUGCACAACGCCGCCAGCCACGCGCAGCUGGGCGCCCUCCGGCGCCUGCUGCGGCGCCGCGCGGACGCGGCGAUGCUCGGACGCGGCGAGUCCGCCGUGCAUGCGGCGGUCUGCGAGGCCGCCAGCGAGGCCCAUUUGUCUUGCUUAGCCGAGCUCUUGGCGCAGCGCUGUGCGGUGGACACGGAGGACCUACAUGGACGCACUGCUUUGCAUAAGGCUGCCAGCCUGGAAGGUACUGAGGCGCAUUUGGAGCUGCUCCUGUCGGCUGGAGCCCGUGUGGCCUCUCUCAACCGCCGGCGUCAGGCGCCGCUCCAUCUGUGCACCACCAAGGCGCAGGUGCUGCGGCUGUUGGCGGCACGGGGCGAGCUGGAGCUGAAGGACUCCUAUGGGAGCUCUGCUCUCCUUUGCGCGUGUGACAACGGCCGAGCCGAGGUGGUGCAGGAGCUGCUUAAGCAGAGAGCCAGCCUUCAGCUGCGGAAUCGCCGGGCCGAGUCCGCCUUGCAGCUGGCAGCCAGGAAGGGUCACCUGAAGAUUGCGGAGCUCUUGUUAGACGCGCAGAUUGACGUGAACACCACUGACAAGGACGGAACUUCACCCCUCUGUGUCGCCCUGACGGGCGGCUUUCAGGACUUUGCUGCCCUCCUGUUGGCCCAUCAAGCGGAUGCCGAUCUGCCUGACAGCCGUGGCCGCAACGUGUUCUGCGUGGCCGCAGAGAAUGAUCGCCUAAAGGUGCUGCAGCUCCUCCUCCCGGUCCUUCCCGCCGACGCGGCGCCGCUGCUGCGCCGGGACAUCUUCGGGCGUACGGCGCUCUAUGCAGCAGCCGAACGUGGGCAUGCUGAGGCGGUGGAGCUACUGCUGGCGGCCAAGAGUGAAGUACAGGUCCUGGACCACAACCACCGCUCCCUGCUCCAUGCAGCGGCACUCGCACACUCCAGCCACUGCCUGGAGCAGCUGCUGGACGCACGUGUUGCAGUGGACGUCGCAGACCGGGAGGGGCGCACGGCGUUGCACGUGGCGGCUGAGGGAGAAGAGGAACUGGUGGAAGUGCUGCUGAAAGGCGGUGCCGAGCUCCGCCCGGACCACGUGGGCGCCACGCCGUUGCACGUGGCCGCCGCGCGCACGGCGGGCGGCGCCGGUGCCGCGCGUCGCCUGGCCGCGGCGGUGGCGACGGUGACGGCGCCGGGCGACGGCCUGGCGGCGGUGAACGGCGAGGGGCGCACAGCGCUGCACUUGGCGGCGUGGCAGGGAGAUGAAGAGGUGGUGGAGGUACUGCUGGAGGCGCGUGCAGAUACCAAUCAUCCAGACAGCCACUGCCACGCACCGCUGCAUCUGGCUGCUGACCAGGGUCACUUGGAAGUGGUUCGGAGCCUCAUCCAGAACCAGGCAGAUGGCAACCAGCCGAACAUCCAUGGGCGCUCCCCUCUGCAUGCAGCGGCCAAUCAAGGCCACCUGGAGAUCUGUCACCUGCUGGUGGAUGCCAAGGCCUUGGUCUCCUUGGAGGACCGCUACUGCGACACUCCACUGAAGUCUGCAUGCGUCUCCGGGCAUGCAGACGUGGCCCAGGCACUGGCGAAGGUCCGUUCUGCAGAUUCCUAAGGGAUGGUGCCUCUUUGCAUUCCUCGUUGUCACAACCAAGGCAUCAACAACGUACCGUGAUCGCUUCGCCAAGAACGAAUAAGUCAACCUCAAUUGGGCUACAAACUCGCCGGAAGCUCUAUCUUCAACUUGGACUCGGCCGCCGAUGGCCGCAAAGCCCGGCUGCUGAUGGCGGCUGCGUCCGAGUGCGGCCGGUGGCCAUGUGGAGUGCCAUGAGCGAAGGAUGUCAGCGAUUUCGUUGCAGCUGGGUCAGCCAUGUCGCUGGAAAAGGGGGCACGUGACAGCCAAGCUUGCGCCAUCUGCGCGAACGGACGAAGAAUGCC